GUCAUUCUCAAAGUCAUCAAAGAUAUUCUCAUAUCCUCAAAGUUAAUCUCUAAGGGUCAUCACCAGGUCAUCACCAGGUCACCACCUGAUCACCACCAGGUUACCACAAGGUCACAACCAGGUCACCAUCAGGUCACCACAAGGUCACCACCAGGUCACCACCAGGUCACCACCAGGUUACCACCAGGUCACCACCAGGUUACCACCAGGUCACCACCAGGUCAUCACCAGGUC